GUGGUAGUCUGAGACCUGACAGAAGCCGCUCAGGGUGUGGGCCCCAGCAGUGCAACACUUGGGCUUCCAGAUAAUUGAUUUUCUGUUUGUUUUGUUUUUAUAUAUUUUUUUAUUAUAUUUUCUUCGGCUUGUGUGGAGUUUGCCCAGUGCAAGUGACAGGGGCAGCUGGUGCAGUGGAGCCUGCAGGACACUACAGCAUGAGGAGGACGCCGCCGCCUGCAAGCCUCACAGAGAUACCGUUUAGCAAGAUGGGUGAUGAAGCGGAGUAGAUCACGGGAUACAAGAUCUACACAAUCACAACCUAUAAGGAACGUCAUCUUUUGUAGUUUAUUUUUUAUUUUUUUUGUAUUUUUGAUUUGAUGCCUUUGGAGAAAUCUUCUGACUUGCAUGAAGUUUGAUUACCAUGAGUCAGCAGCCUCAGCAGAAGGCUUCGAAUAAAAGGACGGGAAAAAGAAUCACUUUUUUCAGUGACCCGCAAGUCCACCCCGUGACUAAUAAAGAGCAGCAAUUGAAAGACCAGCAGUUAUAUGGGACGGUGUCUCGGUUGCCCAUCUCCCAGGGUUCUGAAUUGACCAAGCCAAAUUCUUAUUCUGCUGCACCUAACAAUAUGCUGAACACAGUCAUGUACACUCAAGAGAGACCUGACGGCAUCAGGAUUACCCAGCAGCAGGUUCCUGGAAAGUGGACCACUGGUGAUCGCAAUGAGGCCACUUGGGCAGCUCAGCAAGCCAACAUGUGGCAGAGAAGUGCAGCUGGCUAUCCUGUGCAGAUGGUGCCUUCAUAUUACAACCAUCAUGAGCCGAUCAAGAGAAGCCAAGAUAAGGGAGUUGGAGUGUCCCAGUUAGACAUGUAUGGGGAUGCGCUACAGCAAAUGAUGUCUCAGAAGACACAGUUGGAGCAGCAUCAGCUAGCUCAGCAGCAGGCCCAUUUAAACUCCAUUUUGCAAGCCCAACAGCAACAGCAACAGCAGCAGCAACAACAGCAGCAGCAGCAGCAUCACCAAACUCAGCAUCUUGCGUUGCAGUCUUUCCAAAUGGCAUUUGGACAUCAGGGUCAAAAAACAUCACUGCAAAAUAUAUUCCAUGUGUUUCCAGAUGCUCAAUCGAAUGCCAUGUAUGCCGCUCAGCAGAAGCAACAGCAGGCUCUUCCUAAACUGCCGCUGUUUGAGAAUUUUUACCCCUCACAGCAGCAGCAGCAACAGGCAGCUUAUGCCAUGCAGCAAGGCGUUCCCCUAAACCAGCAUGCAGCUACCCAGCAGAAGAUCUCUGUGAUGAGCCAGCCACAACGUGUUCCCACAUCCGAGGAAUACAUGAAAGUUUUUGCCGAGCAGCAGGGCCAGCAGUCCGUUCUGCCCAAAUCUCAAAUACCCUUGCCACGCAGGUCACGAAGACUUUCCAAAGAAGGACCAGAACCUUUACCUCCCACUGUGGUUGGACAUUCAAAUAACCCUUAUGCACACCACCAGUACGAACAGGGAGUGCAACAACAGAUGUGUGUCCAAGAGAGGUACAAGCCGAUUGCACCAAGAGAUGCCCAAGAAACCCAGCAUGGCAACCGCGAUGAUGCAGACAAUAUGUCUCUACCUCAGAAUGGUAGAAGAGAGGUCCAGCCAGCUGACCAAAACUCCAUGGGGCCAAUGCAGCCUGAUGGAGCAGGAGCUGUGACUGUGAUCCAGUCAACCCGGCGAAGGCGCCGCAUAUCGCAAGAGGCCAAUUUAUUUACCUUAGCACAAAAAGCAGCAGAAAUGCCAAAUCUUGAAAACACUAAGGAUAGUGAGACUUUAGGAGUGAAGAAUGAGACUUUGAAGAGCAAUGCAGAAAUUCCUGGUGCAUCAUCCCCUAAGAAGGCCCGAGGGGAAGGAGAAUUGAGACCCCUGGUAAUGCCGGUGUCUGUACCGGUGAAAAUAGAUACUGGCCGAGAAAAGGGAGAUGAUGAAAGGACAGUAACGUCUGAAAGGCUUCCAUCUGCAUCAAUGCCAUCUGUGAUCGUAACAAGGCAUAGGGCUGGGCAUACAGGUGUCUCCGAACCUGCUGUACAGAGCAAUGACACCGCUUUGUCAGAGGUUCCUUGCCGAAAGCCCAAGCAGCGACCAAGACCAGAACCAUUGUUUAUCCCUCCCAAGCCUGGCACGUUUGUCGUCCCAGUUUACACCAACAUAACUCCUUAUCAAAGCCACCUCCGUUCUCCCGUUCGAGUUCCUGAGCACCUGAGUGACAGAAACUUUGAGUUGCCCCCUUACACACCGCCUCCAAUCCUCAGCCCUGUGCGUGAGGGCUCUGGACUUUACUUCAAUGCCAUCAUAUCGGCUAACACACAUUCAAUGCCUCCACCAAUUACCCCAAAAAGCAGCAUGAGAACCCUGCUGAGAUCUAACAGUGGAGAAGACAUGCCGCCCUUGCUAACAGCAGAAGCAACGCCUGUUAGCCUUGAACCACGUAUUAACAUUGGCGCACGCUUCCAGGCAGAUAUUCCUGACUGCGGAGACAGAAGUCUGGCCUCUGCUGACAAGUAUAAAGCAGACUUGGUUUGGUGUCCCCUGGAUAACUUGGAUGAUAAUAAAGCAGUUGAGGAGUUGUUGACAGCAGCCUGCUCCAGCAUCGUACCAGGUGGAGGCACCAAUCAGGAGCUAGCCCUUCAUUACCUUCAUGAGUCCAAAGGGAACAUUUUGGCCGCUCUUACAAAGCUGCUAUUGAAGAAACCAAAAAGGCACAAAGACCAUCACCUGGCAAACUAUCAUUACUCUGGUUCAGACAAGUGGUCUGUAAAUGAGAAGAGACUUUUCAACAAGGGAAUGGCCAUUUACAAGAAAGACUUUCUGCUGGUUCAGAAACUGAUUAAAACGAAGACGGUGGCGCAAUGCGUAGAGUUUUACUACACCUACAAAAAGCAAGUGAAGAUAGGACGUAACGGCAUGCUGAUAUUUGGAGAUGUGGAGCUUGCAGCCGAUGAGAAAAACCCUAGAGAAGAUUCAGAGAUUGAUAUAAAGACUUCUCAGCGACUUGGAGCAGGCAUUCCUCCCCAAAACACAGAAGGUGAUGAUGCAGAGACGGAGAAUAAUGUGCAUGCCGCAAUGGAAGAGGAGGAUGAAAGGAGGAAUGCGCCUUCCCAAAUUAAAGUUACACAAACUUUACAAGCCAGUGAAAUAUCAAAUGACACACUUAUCUUAAGAAAUCAAGACAUGGACAUGUCAUUGACAGUAAAGACCCCCAAACCGAGGGGGCGAAGACCACGGGCGAGUAUUCCUGCAGAUGAUGCAAAAAAGACUGAGAAUGCAAACAAGACUCCAGCAGCACAAGAGGGCACUUUCCCUUGUAAAAAAUGUGGCAGGGUCUUCUUUAAAGUGAAAAGCCGCAGUGCACACAUGAAAAGCCACUCAGAACAGGAAAAGAAGGCAGCGGCUCUGAAGCAGAGUGAAGCCGCUGCUGCGGCCGCUGCGAGGGCAGCUUUAGUCGCGCGGUCCCGUCAGAUGGAGAGCAGUGACAACGGGAGCAGCAGUGACAGCGGGAGCAUGACCAGCAGCAGCAGUGAGAGCUGUGACAGUUCAGAUGGUGAGAUAUAACUGGAGCUCUCCGCUGGCGCAGUGAGGCUGGAACCUCGCUUCAUUCCCUUAACUUUUUUUUUGUUUUUUGUAAUUGAACGCUUGCAAUUUCUGCAAGAAUCAAACUGAUGAACAGUAGACUCGGGACUUUUUAUCUUCUUAAAUUAACUAUUUAUUUGGUAAUCUACAGUGUAUCAUAUGUUUUGGAAAGUAAACCUAUAUUUUCUAUCUUACCCUUGUGCCUGUAAAGACAAGUUACAUAAAGAAAAAAAUAUAUAAUUCUGCAAGCCAACGUUCGUCUUCUUUCCUUUAAAACCUGCAACCAGGAGGCUUCCUGAAGAAACAUUUCUGUUGUGGACCUUGCUUGGUUUCCUGUCACUGUGGAAAGUGCAUUUUAUUCCGUUGUAUUCUUCUUUAGUAGCAUUCACUGUAUUGGAAUGUGGAAUUUUGGCACCAACCCGUGAGUGCGCUACUGCCGAGGUUUGACAUUUUACCGAAUGAUCAUCCGUAUUGAAGUUUGUCUAUCCCUGCCAAAGAACAAAAGGGCUACUCGGACAGCGGCGUGACCACUGCUGCUGCCAUGCUACCCUUUCAGGACAAGCUCCUUAGUUGUCCGCCGUCAGUUGUAUCUUGGUCUACCUGACGUCUGGGCAAGAUCUGUGUAAUAAAGUGUGCCUUGUAGCCUGCGCCUAAAGAGCACAAAUUAUCUGUACACAGUAGAAGCGGCCAUUUUAUGGGUUAAUCUUGUAUAAGGCCUCAUCCACACCGCAGUGUCCGUAUCGUGAUCUGCAAACCACGGAUCCGCAAAAUACGGACAUCUUCCGUGUGCAAUCUGCAUUUUUCUUACUCCCAUUACUAUAGAUGCCUAUUGUUGUUCGCAAUACGGACCAGAAUAGGACAUGCCCUAUAAUUUGCAGAACAGACAAGCGGAUGCUGACAGCACACGGAUUUGCAGUUUUUUUGUAAAAUGAAUGCGUCAGUUUGCAGUCGGUAAAAAAUGCAGAUCGGACUCGGAUACAAAAUGCAGUUGUGUGCAUGAGGCCUAAUGUUUAUAGUUUGGGCAGCCUAUCCAAUCUCGGGGGAGGUGUGCGCUCCGUUUUCUCAUAUAUGUCUAAGUGGGAGAAGCUAAAGACAUUCCACCGUAUUCAAAAUGGCUCCCAGAGCUGCUGUCAGUGGGUACGGAGUCUUCAUCCAGUUAAGAAACUGUAGUGCUGUUCACUUUGACAAUGCACAAUCUUCUUCUGGUGCAUAGUUAUUAGCAGUGAUGGGACGCUACACAUGGAAAUGAAUGAGAAUCCAGGUGUGCACUUACCUAUUGUAACCUGAUCCUGAAUCCUACAGAAAUGUACAAAUUUGAGCAAGAAACAAGGAUUGUUCCCCAUAUUUCAGCUGAAGGGGAUGGACUUAACUAGAAGCACAAAGGUCCAUUUACACAGACUGAUAAUUAGGCAAAUUAUUCAGAGAUCGCUUGUCCUCGACAGUUGGCCUGUGUAGAUCACCCGAUGCUCGUUCUUUGAGGCCGGCACCAAAAGUCAUCUGUGCCGGGCGGCCUGUGUCUAAACAAGGAUCUGCUGCCCAGGAGCAAUAACUUUCUAAAGGGACAAGCGAUUACUUGUCCUCAUACAGUGGAGUUGAUUGCUACAUGUAAAUGCAGCCCUCAUCUCUGCUGACAAUCAGGCAAUUAUUGGGAAUUAUUAUUAUUGUUGUUCCCGAUAAUUGCCUGAUCUAUUGGUUGCUGUAAGAGGACCUUUAGUAGGAUUCUGUAUUAGCAGGCACCUACAAGGACUGUACUGCAGCCCAGGUCCAGUUCCCUUCUCCAAACCUAAUAUUCUUGCAAUCUAAGAUCAGAAGCAGGAAAAUAUAUAAAUGUAGACUAAUAAAUGAAGCUCGGAAGACACUACCGUGACUUUUCUUUGUAACCUUUAAAUUGCGAUUUAAAAUGGAGUUGAAUGGAGAAAGAGGAGGACAUUAUGGUAAGUGUUCCUAAUACCUCUUGCCUUAAUUCUUUUUAACUUUAGGGUUGCAAUAAAGAGGACUAGUAACUAUUCAAGAGCAUCUUUUUUUUAGGAUUCUGUGUUGCGUAGGAAUGAGCGAACUUCAUGUUUUUAAUUUCAAGUUUGGCUUUUUGGUUUUCUGGCAAUUCCAUAAUCGCAGAAUAUAACUGAAUGCUAUGACGGCAUGCACCACAGAAGCCUUUAAGAGGCAUUCCGUCUUAACAGAAGUCUAUGGGCAGUAUAACGGAUCCGUCCGGUUUCCGUUAUGCAGGACAGGACUCCCUCAUAGAAUUCUGUUAUGUUCCGUGAUAACAAAAUCCAUAACUGAAUUGCCAGAAAACCCAAACUUCAAAACAUAAAAUUCGCUCAUCCCUAGUGUUGCGCUGUUCCUCUGUUAUUACCCUUUGAAAUGUCUGAGUAAAUUUGUCCACCAUACCAUUUCUCUAGUCAGUGGAGCACGCUCCUAUACACUGAUGCUGUCCUAACAGCGCUGACAGUCGCACUGUGCAGUUUUAUACUGAUAUCCUAUCUUCUGGAUAGGUCAUCAGUAUCUGGUUGGGGGUCCAACACCCGUGACCCCUGCCAAUCAGCCAUUUGAGAAGGCACUGGCACUCUGAGUAGCGCCACGGCCUUCACUCAGCUCACCAAGCACAGCGCCAUACAUUGUAUAGCAGCUGUUCACUUAAAUGGGUCGGAGCUACGUCUAGGCCACGUGGCCAAUGAACACUGAGGGCGCCGUUGCCAUCUCAAACAGCUGAUCGGUGGCGGUCCUGGGUGUCAGCCCCCUACCGAUCAGAUACUGAUGACCUAUCCAGAGGAUAGGUCAUGAGUGUAAAACUCUUGGAAAACCCCUUUAACACCCAGUUUAUUCCUACAUUUCCCAGAGGAACUACAAAGGUAAGAGUUCUAAGAAAGGAGGCCCCAAAAUGAUUAUUUUAUGGGGAACACUAGUAUUUGCUAGAUGUGUCGGGUGAGCUGAUGGGUCCGUUUUUAAAUAACCAUCAUGUGUGAGAUUUGUGGGACAUUAAAGCUGUGAUAUUGGUCCAAAGGACUUCCUGGACUGCAUCUGGAUGCCCUUACAGUGGUCGCCUCUACAAGGUUUACAUGAUGUGUGCUCUGCAUUACAGCCAGAUAAUUGUGUAAUAUUAGGAGAUGCACUUACUAUCACUCAGUUUGUGUUACAGAAUGUUUGGAACCAUUAAUUUUCCAGCACAACCUUGCGUAAGAAUUCUGUAUUUUUUAACAAUUUAUGAAAAAGAAGUCUAUAGCUCUACAAUGGAAAUAAAAUCAAUGUGUAUAUACACUAUAUAUGUACAAACACCUACAGUAUGCCAUAUCUACUUUGUUUUGUAAAAUAAUAGUACUUUAUAUGCUUCAGAGACAAUCUGUAUGUGUGAAUACUUUUGAACAGUGAUUGACACCUGAUAUAAUAUUGAAUGCCUAUUUUUUUUUUUAUGAUGUGUAUUACAGUAUAAACACAUGAACUUAAAAUUUGGUAUUAAUGGUGGCCCAUGAAAUGCAGUUUUGUAAUAAUUAUAAACCUACCAUGUAGAAUUAUCAGGGACAUUGUGUUUCCACUUUUUCAAUGCUGUUUUUGGAAGUUGUCAGAUGAGACCAGUUGCCACAUUCAAGAGGCUGUCUAGAGUUCGUGAAAUGUGUAAAAAAAAUAAAAUAAAUUCUGCUCAGAUCCUCUUAUUUCAGAGACCCUUUCCGGGUCCCGGCAGCUCCACCUCAACAUUCAUUCUGACACAGGUUGUGUAGGUGAUGUGCUUGAAGGGGCCUGGCUGGCUGAUGUCAUCAGUGACAGAGAAGGUGGGCUGGCUGGCUGAUGUCAUCAGUGACAGAGAAGGUGGGCUGGCUGGCUGAUGUCAUCAGUGACAGAGAAGGUGGGCUGGCUGGCUGAUGUCAUCAGUGACAGAGAAGGUGGGCUCGCUGGCUGAUGUCAUCAGUGACAGAGAAGGUGGGCUCGCUGGAUCAGUGACCUGAUCCAGACAGCAAACAUCAAGCACCCCACAAACCGAGCCUGUGUCAGUAUGGAAGUGAUAGUGGAGCUGCCGGGACCACGAAAGGGGCUCUGAAAUAGGACAAUCCAAGCAUCCAAUUUUGAAAAGUAUAUGAGUGAGUUCAAUAUUUUUUUCCCCCAUUUCAUAACCAAUGAACAGAUUUGGUUUGCUGGACAACCCCUUUACUUUUUUUCGAUCCGGAAGAACAAAUUAAAGAGGAUCUCUCACCACUCCUGACAAGCCUUCGUUAAUAGCUUCAUGCAUUUGCCAUGUAAUAACCAUUCUGGAGCAUCUAUUCUUAUGACCAUAUGCUGUGCCAUUCCUUUAUCAUUCCAGCUAGAAGUGAUGGCUGAAUUUCCAGCAGCCUACAGUGAAGGUCCAGCUGGAUGUUACCAGUUGGGGGUGUGUCCCUGACACCAUCCAAUCAGUGCUGGCAGUGUCAGACUGUGCAGGUCUCCCCCACCAACAAGUAACAC